AUGGCUGUACAAACCAAUCUUUCACAAUCAAUAAUUCGACAACAAAUCGAACAAAAACCUCCGGCUUAUAUUUUACAAAGUUGGCAUCGUGAACAAACAGAUUUAUAUGAUGAUUAUCUUUUAAGUCAAACAUUUUUAAUUGCACCUGACACAAAUAUACCAUCAUCGACAUUACGACAACGUAUAAAAAAUAUUUAUGACGAACGCGCUCGAUCUCUCAUUGCUGUUGUUCAUUGUGAUCCAUGGACAAAAGAAGAAACUUCAAAUGCAACACGAACAAAAACAGCAUCGACAUCAACGAAAGAUCUGCCAACAAAUGUAGAUGUUAUGAGAAGUCAUACGAUUUUAUGA